AUGGUAAAUCUGGAAGUUGUCAUAAAUUGGGAGACCUUCGCCUCUACUGGUUUCCAGUUCAGGAGGGCCCACAGCACGGUGUCCAAGAUAGUGCACGAAGUGUGCAUCGCUAUAUAUGAAGUUUUGGCACCUGACUUCAUCAAGCUACCAUCAACGCCGGGCCAGUGGAGACAAGUUUCUCGGGGGUUUGAAGAGCUCUGGCAGUUCCCGCAUUGCCUGGGCGCCUUAGAUGGCAAACACGUGACCAUCUGCCCACCUCUGGGUACAGGAGCCACGUACCGGAACUACAAGGGCACAUUCAGCAUUGUGCUGAUGGCACUUUUAGACGCCGACCUCAAGUUCCUGUACGCAGAUGUGGGCAGGAAUGGACGGAUGAACAAUAGCGGUGUCUGGGCUGCCACAAGCUUACGGGCACACAUCGACCAUUGCUCUGCUGGUUUCCCGGAGCCAGCACAGCUGCCAAACUCGUCGAAGGUGGCACCGUUCGUUAUUAUUGGUGACGAAGGGUUUGGACUCAAGCCGUACCUGCUGAGGCCCUUUCCAGCAGCUGAACUAAAGGAUCCAGAGACGAUGUUCAACUAUCGGUGA